AUGCCUUCAAAUUGGCAAGACAAGCUUGCAUUUUGUGGAAUCUCCUACGAAACCAUAACAGAGCUCGCGAUGUACUUUGAGCGACUCGAAAGGCGCGAAAGACAGAAUGGCCGGGAGCGCCAGAAUGGUCACGGAAAGAAUGGUGAAAGGGGUCAAGGUCGGCGUGACCACCAACGCCCGUUCAACGACCGCAAUGACCGCAGAGAUCGUCGCAACCAGCGCGGACAUCAUGACUCACACGAGAAUCGUCCUCACAGACGGACUGUGACAGACAACAAAAAGCAAAACGACCGCCAUGAUGAUACUGGUAUGUGGUGUAAGUUCCACAAAACAAAGUCUCACAACUCCAGCGAGUGCUUCACCCUCAAGAAGCAGCGCGAAGAGCACAAGCCAGCUGAGAUACAGACAACAGUCUCAAGCAAGAACAAUUAUCCCAGAUUUGAUGAGGAGGCAAGUGACAGUGACAGCGACAGCAACAGCGAGAUUAAGCUCGUUGGUCUGGUCGCCAAGAAGCAUACCAGCACCAAGCUCGCUCCGUUACGCAUCAAGGUUCAGCUCAAGAACGCCAACGGCAUCUUUGAUGCGCUACUAGACAGUGGUGCAUCAAUAAGCAUCAUCAACCAGAAGACUAUGCAGGCCAAUGUCCAGCUUGGACGAAAACAAGUCGCAUCGUCGAUCAAGUUUCAGACGGUAAAUGGCGAGGUGACGAGUGAUGGCAGUGAAGCCGUUCAGUUUCGAUUUGCAUCCCUCAAGCCUUCAGCCAUCAUCACUCACAGGUUCGAAAUUCUGGAGAAGAGUCAAGAUGCUAUGGUGAUUGGUCGGGACAUCAUGACGUCAUUGGGCAUUGUGCUUGAUUUCAAAAAAAGGUUGUUCAGUGGGAUGGCCACUACGCGCACCUAA